UUUGUAUCGGAAAUUCAAUAAACUCCAACGAUUUUAACCUUUCUUUUUUUGAUUUUUUUUUCUUUUCUCUGUAAAGCUCAUUAUACCAGACGACUGUCUUCUCACAAAGCAAUAUUGUAAAAUGGAUAAUGCACAACUGGAAAAGGCACUUUUGGAAAUGCCUAUUGAAACAUUAUUGACGGAAAUUCCAGAAAUACAAAACUCAAUGGUGCACUUGAUUCAGUCCAACAAAGAUAUGAAAGAAUAUGACCCGAAUGGCGAGGAUACAGAUUUGACCACAGCGAUUGAAGAAAACAAUGAUCUGAUUCAACGACAGAAUAAACGUAUAGAUCUGACACUUCAUAUUAUUCGACGACGUGUGAAUGAAGCAGCUGCAAACGCGAUUGAAAGCACGGUGGAAACAUUUAGAAAACGCUAUCUCACCAAUGACGAUAGCCACAAAGAGACAGUAGAGAACGACAAAGACGAUAAUAUGAAUAGUGAUGGCGUGUUUCUAUGAUAGCAAUUGAUUUUUUUUUUUAUUAUUUUUAGUAUAGCUUUAGUUUUAUUUUACAUGUUUUUUUUUUUUUUUUUU